AUGAGGCCCGUGAUUUCCUCACAACUUCAGCAAUUGUCCCAUUCAUCUUUGUUCACUACAGACGGCUUGCUAUACCUUCUAAUUCACUCCAGAUCCGAUAAAGUAACAAUAACCGAUACAUAUCACUAUGACGACGUCGAUGAUAAAUUUGAACGUGAACCGUUUAUAGUAAGAGUCUCGUCAGCGUCAACAGAUUUUGCGAUGGUAGCAAUACAUGUAAAACCGAGCGACGCUGUACAGGAAAUCGACACUCUCUUGGAUGUUUAUGAUGACACCGUUACAAGAUGGAACUUAGAGGAUGUCAUUAUUUUGGGAGAUUUCAAUGCUGGGUGUGAUUACGUCACUAGUUGGGAUAAUAUCCGGCUCCGCACAGAUAACCGUUUUACGUGGUUGAUUAGUGAUCGGGCAGAUACCACCGUGUCUCGCCUCAAUUGCCCAUAUGACAGAAUCGUUGUAGCAGGGGCUACUAUGUUACAGUCAGUGUGGCCGGGAAGCAGUGACGUCUUCUAUUUUGACCAAGCAUAUGGUUUAUCGUACGAUCAGACAAAUGAUGUCAGUGACCAUUAUCCAGUGGAACUAAAGAUAUUACCAAAAUUGUCGGAAAUAGAAAGAAGCAUCUCGAUUCAGUCAUCUUUUGGAGUCUCUGACAGCAGCCACUCUGUGAACACAUCAGAUGUGCUAGAUUUUACAUCCAAGUCCAGUGUCUACGGGUUUGAGCAUGUGCGGUUUACGCAGGGAGAUGCCACAGUAGUGGUUGUCUGGAAACGCAGUGAGGUUGGACGUCAAGGAAUCAUAACAAUUGUCAAUGAGCUGCAUCAGAACUUUGAUUCCUUAGUGUCUGAACUACAGAAGAACGUAGUGCUAGAGAAUAUAGAGAAUAGUUUUAAUGACGUCAUUUCUGACUCAGUCUCAGGCUUGACAUCAGAUGUUUGGUAUGCUCAAAUCGUCUGCACAUUGGAUGACGUGAACAGGUGUAUUGUAUACGUCAUAAAUAGUCCAUUCUAUGGUGCAAGCGGUUGGAGUGUUGCUGCAAACAAUGGAAUUGGAACUCUUGUGACAAAUACAAUCCUUUUAGUUGCCUCGUUUGUUUAUAUAAUAUUUGCUGAUUACUAA